CUGCGCCACACAAAGUGGCUCAGUUCGCUGCCCGUCGCUGAACCAGUCGCACCCAGUGUAUCAUACGGUCUCGCAAGCGCAGAAGCUAAGAUACGCUAAAGUGCUACAGUGCGGUGUGUGUGUGUUGUGAUUAAGACAAAGAGAUUGAAUUUACCGGCCCUCUGUUCGCCGCUUGACGUAGCGUUGAAGUCACUAACGUGCGGUUUCGCCCAUUGUGCUUUAUUUGUACUGCAAAUUGUACCAUCCCGUCAGCAAAAUGGCCAACAAAGGAAAACUCACGAGCAGCUGCAUCCGCUUCGCCGCCGUUGCGUUGGUGCUGUUUGCACUGGCCGUCACUGUCCCACCGUGCAGCGCCCGUCCCGCCAUCGAAGGGGACGAGUCGGCUGACGGUAAAAUUGUCAAUCAGAGCGCAAACAUUAACCUGCCCCGGUCGAGCAUACUGGACAACAUAUUCAAUAUCCCAAUCCAAACGCUGAAGGCCGUCAACGAUCUGGUGCAGAGUAUUGCCGGAAAUUUGCAGCAGGCCGGUUCCGGCAGCUACUUCCGGGCACGGUCAAGCAACGUGCGCAACAUCAACGUGAACGUGGACGAGGAGGAGGAGGCCGAGGGCGCGAACGAGACGGACGGCAAGAAGAAGAAGAAACUGGAGGAGAAGAACUAGACGAACUUGCUGGUCCGCCGGUCAGCGUUGCGGUCUGCACUUUGCAUUCCAGUGCCGCCCGUCCACCCGAAACACCACACAGGAAAGCAGGAGCAGGAAGUGGCAAAGUUACAUGCGGCUAAAAAGCCGCACCAAACAUACCCACGGCGGGCUGAUUGCAACGUAAUGGUUAUAAUUUGAACAAGCACGCUGUCCCCGGUGCAAAUUUGUGUAAAUACUGAUGUUUCUGUUUCUGUGAUCGAUCUAGCAGGGGGUUCUUUUAGGAGGGGCGCGUUUCGACGAGUUUCGGGCAUUUUAAAACCGAUUUUACCCGCUCGAAAACACACAUUCAUACACACAUUCAACAUGCGUGUUGCGGUAAGAACGAAAUUAAGUGCGCUUAUUUCCGACGAAUAAAACCGCCAUAUCAUCUCACCUUU